AUUUUUCUUAUGCAAACUGAGCAAACACACAGCAGUUAUUUUUAAUUAGGAACGUAUUUUGUACGUGCGAAUUUUUGUAAAAUUAAAGAAUUUGAGCAAAUUUUAUGCAAAUUGGUCAAAAACUUUAUGUGUUAUUAGCUUUUCAUACGUUCAAAGAAUUAUGGCACUAGAUUUCAAAAAAGUUUUAAUCGUUGGUUUUUCUAUCAUUAUUGUUGGUAGUGUUCUAUUUAUUUUUGCUGUGCGAUGGGAUCGACAAACUAAUCAUAUCAUUGGACCAGGACGAUUUUCAGAUCCUACACUCAAAUCUGUCUCCAUACUAUGCCGUCAUGGAAAUAGAGGGCCAAUGUUCAAAUACAACACAGAUCCAUACAAAAAUAUUUUUCCUGAAGGACUUAUGGGAUUAACUAAAAAAGGAAAGCAAAAUAUGUAUAAAAAAGGGCAAAUAUUACGACGUUUAUACAAUGGGUUCUUAAGUGACUUAUAUUUGGAAAGUGAGAUUUUAAUCAAAACUACCAACACAAGUCGGACGUUCAUGACAGCGGCAAUGGUUUUAGCUGGAAUUUAUCCACCAAAAGAUUAUCAAAAAUGGUCAGACUCAGAAACUGUUUGGCAGCCUAUUCCUAUUCACAACGAUUCGCCAGAUCGCGGAAUAUUAUUUGGUAGUAAUGGAGUAUGUCCGUCUAUUGAUUCUUUCAAUAAAAAUCAUGAUCAAAUAGUUAAUAAUAUUAUAGAGUCGGACGAAAAUAUAAAAUCAUUGAUGUCAUAUUUAUCUGAAAAAUGCGGACAGCCAAUCACCGGUAAAAAUGUUUUAAAACUAUACGACCUUUUUGUGUGCCAGAUGGCUGAAGGUUCACCACUACCGGAAUGGAUUAAACCUCACCACAUUGCAACAAUAAAAUCAAUUAUUUCAAAAAAAGAAUUUACAGAAUUUUUUUUUGAAAAUACGAGUAUGCAAAAACUAUACAUAGGACCUCUGCUAAAUGAAAUUGGUUUAAACAUGGAAUCGAGUUCAAAUAAUAAUGAUACAAGAAAAAUGUAUCUUUAUUCGGGACACGAUAUUAGUAUAUCUAUGGCAAUAAGUUUUCUUGGCAAUAUUAUUGAGAUUCCUGGAUUUGGUGCUUCAUUACAUUUUCACAUGUAUCACGAAGUAACAAAUGGAUAUAUAGUUAAGGUACUCUAUUUUGAUCAAUGGGAUAAUGAAAAAGGAAAAGAAGUUAUAAUACCUAAUUGUGGUAAUCCCUGCAAAUUUGAAGACUUCAAAACACUCUUGGCCAUAAAUUUUUCUGAAAAAUGGGAAAAUGAGUGUCAAAAAGUAUAAAACUACUAACAUAAUAAUUUCUUAUUUUAGUUUAUUCUCUUGCCUGCCCAAUGUUAAAUUGCUUUAAAUUAUUAAAAAGUUAUGAAAUAUUUUUAAAUAAAUAUGUUACUCAGUGGUGUGGCAUGUAUAUAAGCCGUGUAUAAGCGUUGUGUGUUGUUAUUUCAGUUGUUAAAUGUUAUGACCGUUAUGUGUAUUACAUCUUUAUAUUGUUAUGGGACCAAAUUAAAAUGCAACUUAAAUCUUGAAUAAGUUCUAAUAAUAUAAAAUUAUAUAUUACUACAUUUUUUUCUGAA